AUGCCAGGCCCAAUCCUCGAAAACGCCGUCGACGCGCCCAUCCCCGCGCCCAAAACCGCCGUCCAAGCCGCGCCUCUCCUGGCCCCAAUCCAAGCCACGCUCAAAGACGACGAGACCGCCAUAACGCUGCACCCCAUCACGCCCACAGCCGCAAAGUCCCUGCCCGCCCGCCUGGUCGAAUACCUCCAUGCCGAGUUCUGCGCCGAGAUUGAGCGCGGAUGCACGUAUCCCAUGGAAGAUGCCAUUGCGCUCGAGCGGUUUAGGGAGUACUGGUUUGGCACGUUUGCGGUUGUGGUGUUGAAGGGCGCGCUCGAGCAGAGCACCCGGUUGCUGCAGGGUCAGGGGCAGGUGAACUGGGAGGAGGUGUGUAUGGGCACGUUCUACAUCAAGCCUAAUUAUCCCGGCCGCUGCUCGCACGUCUGCAACGCCGGCUUCUUGACGUGCGCGCCCUUCCGGGGCCACGGCAUUGGCUCUGUCAUGGGCAAGACGUAUCUGGCCUAUGCGCCGAAGCUGGGAUACAAAUACUCCGUGUUCAACCUCGUGUUCGCGAACAAUCCCGCCUCCAGCAGGAUCUGGGAUAAGCUCGGUUUUGAGGUUUUGGGUCGUGUGCCCGGCGCAGGCAGAUUGAGGAAUAGCGAGGAGUUGGUGGAUGCGUUGAUUUAUGGGAGGAGUUUGGUGUGA